GUGCCUGCGCGUCGAAUGCCCGAGGCCGCAGCCGUCCCGCGCUGGGGUGCUCCCUCGAGUAUCGGUGCUCGUGCUCUGCGCGGGAGAAAGGAUCUAAAAGAGAAGAAGGAAGUCGUGGAAGAGACGGAAAACGGCAGAGAUGCGCCGGCCAACGGCAACGCUGAGAACGAGGAAAACGGGGAGCAGGAAGCCGACAACGAAGUAGACGAGGAGGAGGAAGAAGGCGGCGAGGAGGAAGACGAGGAGGAAGAGGGUGAUGGUGAGGAAGAGGACGGUGACGAAGACGACGAAGCCGAGGGGGCCACGGGCAAACGGGCGGCUGAGGAUGAUGAGGACGACGAGGUCGACCCCAAGAAGCAGAAAACCGACGAAGACGACUAGGCAGCGCGUUUUGGGGAUUUUUUUUUUUUUUUUUUUUUUUAAAUAAGGAAUAAAAAAAAACAAACCAGAAAGGCCAGCACACCCUCGCCCUCGCCACCCCUGCCCUGGUCACCUUCACCAAGUAGAGCAAGACCCCCCAGCCCCGUCCCCUCGUGCCGCCACCGCAGAACGAGCAGACACAAAAAUAAAGAUUCCCCCGUUAGCGGGGGCCAAACCCCCCUCCCUCCGUCCCCCCUCAAAGCACCAAAACUUCAAGGCCCUGCUUUCUUUCUUAAAAGUACUUUAAAGGAGAAUUUGUUUGUAUUUUUUAUUUACAUUUUAUAUUUUUGUACAUAUUGUUAGGAGGUCAGCCAUUUUCAAGUGAUCUCGGAUUGACCAAAAGGGGGGCUUUGAAGUGUAUAUCUCUCGUUCACCCAUCUCCGACUUUACUUGUGCUGUGACCAGGUUCAUAAACGCCAUCUCCAAGGAGAGGAAAAAAAAAAAAAAAAGCAAAAAAAUAAAAUAAAAAACCAGUGAAAAAAAUGACCAACCUUGUAAAAAAACAAAAAAAAAAACCAAAACAAAAAUGCAAAAAAAAAAAAAUUACAAUCUUAUUUCGAGCAUUCCAGUAACUUUUUUUUGUGUAUGUACUUUUUAGCUGUACUAUAGGUAGUGGUUUGUAUGAGACGGCAAGGCCAAAGAUAAAAAAGGGGUUUUGGUUUUUUUGGGGAUUUUUGUUUUGGGUUUUUUUGUUUUUUGUUUUGGUUUUUUCUGUCUAUGAAGUUGCUGUUUAUUUUAUUUUAAGGAAAAAAAUAAUUUUUUUGGCCUGUUUGAUGUAUGUGUGAAACCGUGUUGUCCAACAAUAAACCGGAAUUUUAUUUUGCUGAGUUGUUCUAACGAA